AGUGCACCCACCACAGACUGUUCAGUGACAAAUGAACCACUAUCCGGUUAGAAGUAGGUAGCCCGUGUGCUCCAGUAUGGACCCACUGUAGACGUCGCGGCUAUUGUUGCGAUUCCGCGAUUUGGGUGACAACUCCCGUCGAUCUAAAAUUCCAGGAGCGACGGGAUAAUGAGAAGAGGGAAUUAUAAUAUUUGUACUGCAGGGAUAGCGCAGAGAGAUAUCCACAAUAAAAGAUAUUGACAUGAAGAAAGACAUUGAGACGUGGAUAGCAGAAGAACGCGCUGACAUCAUCUUGAAAUAUGAUACGGAGGAAGAGUUCGCACUUCUUUGAGCGUGUUGUUAAAAAGAGUGACCGUCGCUCUAAGAGGGAGAAGAAAGAGAAGCCGAAUUUGAAUGGCAGACAGGAGGGGGUGGUGAUUGACUCCUGGGAGGAUGCAGACUACAGUAUUUCCAGAGUCACCGACCGUUUCGGAUUUCUGCAUGACAAGGAGCUGCCAACCCCUAGUGCACAUGAGGAGAAGAAAAAUAACCUGGAAAUUGAAAGGGUGGAGAAAUGGCUGAAGAUGGUGAAGAAAUGGGAUAAAUACAGGAACAGUGACAGGAUGGUAAAGCGUGUGUAUAAGGGUAUUCCACUGCAGCUGAGAGGCCAGGCCUGGGCCCUGAUGCUGGAUGUGGAGAAGGUGAAGAAUGAGAACGAGGGGAAGUAUGAGAGGAUGAAGGAACAAGCCAGAAUCUUCUCCCAGGAAAUCAAACAGAUAUAUCUGGACGUGAACAGGACAUUUAGAAACCACAUCAUGUUCAUGGAUCGAUUCGGAGUCAAGCAGCAGUCUUUAUUUCAUGUCCUGUCUGCCUAUUCGGUCUACAACACGGAGGUGAGCUACUGCCAGGGCAUGAGCCAGGUUGCCGCCUUGCUGCUGAUGUACAUGAACGAAGAAGACGCCUUCUGGGCCCUGUCACAGCUACUGACCAAUCAGAAGCAUGCCAUGCACGGUUUCUUUAUUCCUGGGUUUCCCAAACUGCAGCGCUUCCAGGCGCACCACGAUCAAAUUCUCUCCAAACUCAUCCCCAAACUGAAGAAACAUCUGGACAGGGAACAGAUGUCCUGUGGGAUCUACAGCACUAAAUGGUUCCUGCAGUGUUUCAUUGACAGGACCCCGUUCACCUUGACUCUACGUCUGUGGGACAUCUAUAUUCUGGAAGGAGAGACAAUCCUUACCGCCAUGUCCUACACAAUCCUUCGAAUAUUUAAGAAGCGUCUCCUGAAGAUGAAUCUGGAGGACCUGAGAGAGUUCCUUCAGGACAAGAUCGGCCUGUCGUUCCUCUACAGCGAUGACGUCAUCAUCGAUCAGCUGCAAGCCUCCAUGGCGGAACUACGGAAGAUGAAGCUGGACCUUCCACCCCCAGCCAAGCCAGAGGAACUGCCACGGAAGGUCCUGGGUUUGGAGCUACCUCUUCUGCUCACCCCUCUCAAGCCCCCCAGGGGAGUCACCUCUGACCCGGGUACCAAACGACCAGGAGCAGGGCCUCUGGGUCUCCACAUCAUCACCCACCAGCCAGAUGUCAUCUCCCAAGACAACAGCCCCUCUAAGGAGGCAAGGAAGGACAAGGAAGCUCUAAAUAGAGAGGAAGAGGAAGAUGAGGAAGUCCCUCUUCCAUCUCCAGACCCCAUUCUCAUCCACACCAUCCAAGCUCAAGUGACCCCCGAUGGGCCUCCCCAGGCUGGGGCUGGGCCACCACCUUAUGAGCCACCAGGGAGCAAUGAGCACAAUGUUAUGGGACAGCCUGCCAUUUUUAUGCCACUCCACAAAGAAAUAAGUGUUAAGAGCUCAUCUGGUCCAGUGGCUUUACCAGAGACACAGGCCGUAGUUCAACAGGGUACAAACACACCUCCACAAAUCCCCAUGGAGGAGCCGACCCUGACUCCCCCAGUUGCCCCUUCAUCCCUUAGCCCUCCACAGCCACCCUGCAGGGUCCCUCGGACUCAGUCAGCACCCUUAGCCCAGGCUUCCCAGCGGCCUAUGUGAGAGUGAGAGCCUAUCGGUGGGGGUGGGGGAGAGGGCGGAGGAUGGGUACCUGGCCAGGCUUCUGGAGCAGGCCUUGGCUCUGCCUAAACACAGGGCCCAGACAGGAGACAAAGGAGAGCCAGAAGGGCCAGUUCAAUUCUAGAGCAUUGCAAAGCAUUCUAAGUUCCCCCCUGUUGUCUACAAAACAGACAUUGCAGAAAAAUGAUGUCAUGUUGUAGGAGAAGCUGCCAUAGUGGAGUUCCAAGGGACAGUGCCACAUUCUCUCCCAUCAUAGUGAAAGCAUUACAGCUUACUUAAUUUGAGUAGUUUUGUAAUAUUUUAACAAUGGACAUUAUGUUUGCUUAGAUAGCCUCUGUAAAAUAUUUUCUAAUAUAGUCUUAUUUUAGUAUAGUUUUAUAUUUGUAUGUGGACACCUGCUUGUCGAACAUCUCAUUCCAAAAUCAUGGGCAUUAAAUAAAUAUGGAGUUGGUCCCC